GUUGUACUUCAGGUGAAGGUAAAAGCUCACGAGCUUCGCGGGAAGAAAAAGGAAGAGCUUCUGAAGCAGCUUGAUGAACUCAAGACUGAGUUGUCACAACUGGAAGUUGCUAAGGUGACAGGAGGAGCUGCUUCCAAACUCUCUAAAAUGUAAGUUCAUUUUAAAAUCACACGGUUUAAGUUUUCAUGUGGCCUCUCCUUAUGAGCUAUGUCCAUCUCUAGCCAUACUUUAUUCCAUUCACUUGAAGCCUCUCGUUCAAACCUCCUGUAAUGACAAUCUCUCUGCCACAGCUGUGUGGCAAUAAUAUUGUAAAGCUGUUACCGGAGUUUCAGUAAUCAGUAAUCAGUGCAUUGCUGACAGAAAGAGUAACUGUGGACAACUGCUGUCUGCUAAUAUCUCUGUCUAUGGUCUUUAGUUACCUAAAGUACAUUACCUGUUCAGGGCUUAAAAUAACGUCCAGUCAAUGGACAAUGUCUGGCCAAGAUGAUCAUUAAUUUUGUCCUAGCCUGUUCCAGGCUCCAAGAUAGUGACAUCUGCAGUGAUCCAUCUAGAAACAGGUAGCAGUGAGUCCAGAGCAGGGUGCAAAGAAAAUCAUUUUUAUAGCUUGCCAUUCAGGCAACCUGAAGCUAGCAUUUACUAGCUCAGACGUCAUUUCAACUAGCCCCAAAAACUUUUUGACUUGCAGAAUUGAUUUGACAGUUCUUCCGUUAUUCAAAUUCCUCAAAACAUCAUGUGCCCGUCAGGCAAGUUAAAAACAGAAUUCACUAGCCCCGGGCUAUCAGACACUACUUUCUUUGCAUGCUGCAGAGACUCACACAACCAAAAACCUGUGAGUCCCUUAGACAUAAGUGUGAGUCCCAUACACAGGAGUUUGAUUCCCAAAUGGUCCUACAUCCAUCAGUGCAUGAGUUGUACCUGUGAGGAACACUUACACAUCAAGAGGUUUUUAUUGUCAUAUGGUUACUUUCAGUCGUUGACAUACAAAUGAAAUCAUGAAUAACUUUGUACAGGGAGCAAUCUCAAAAUCUAUUUCUUAAAUUUGAGCUCAUAGAUCCACCUGUCCUUCCCUUUGUACUAUUUUUCCAGUGCACGAUCAAAAUUGAAUUCAGUUUUUUCAGGACCAAGUUUUACUCUGAUAACCUAUGUCAUCAAGCCCCGAAUCAUGAAGAAGUUCCAGUAGCAAUUUGAAUUUUACUAGUGGGAUGCUCGCCAUACACAGCCACUGCACGCACUUGAAAAGCACCAGUAUGGCUUUAUUCUGCUUUGUAAUGCCUUUUCUUUGGGCUUCCUCGGAUGUCUUUCUUAUCUCAGAGCCUUUGAGGGCCAUUUUGUGUUCAAGGAGACCAACAUACAGAGUGAGCAUGGUGUUUUGAAAAUUUUGGCACUGGGCUUCCUUUGUUCAUUCCAUUAGAUUUCCUAGUCUCCAUGCAGUCCUGACUGGGCAGUACAUGUAAUUGCCAUUUUUUUCGUAAACCAUCCACUUACUCUUUCAGCCAGGGCUCGAAUAAUUUUCUUUCCUUGGAUUUAGCUCGGCUGUCAUUGUCACAUCAUCUUUUUUGAUUUCAGUUGCUGGUUCUUGUCCUUCUUUUUCUUGACAUUGAUUCUCAAGUGAGAGCUAUGUUUGCCUCUCCAGGCACAUAACUUUUUCCUUCUGAUUCCACCGAAGAAAAAUUAAAUUUUAAUGCAGUCAAUAUUUGAAUAACUCAUGUGCAAGCAACAGGACAAGAUAGAAGACGUGUGACAAGUCAAAGAAGAAACACUUCUGUAACUGCUGACUAGAACAGUGGGCCUGUGAUGGAGUUUGCUGAAUUAUCACAUGCCACUUACUUGGCUAAAUAUUGCAAAGUUUUUUGUAGAUAGAGAGGAAAAGACAUCAAGCCAUGAUCUUAAUAGAGAAAUGAUAAUUUUUUGCAUCCAAAGGGACAAAUGUGGACUAAAUUUUGAACCUUUUCGGAAAUUUGUGAGUCUGAGAUGCGGGAUGCGCAGGUAGAUGGAUCACUGCGUCUGUGAAAUUGAGAAAGCGCAACACAAAGAUAAAGUGGGAGGAAACUGGAGAGAGGAAGGGUUUUGCAUGAGAGGUCACAUUUUAUACAACUCUUCUCCAAUGUGGAGGUGAAUAUGGGUGGAUAAAUACCAGGGCGUGCUGUGCGCUAGCCAUGACAGGCAUAAUUAUUGUUUUAGUAAAUCAAAUGAAUAAAAAUGAUAAUAUAUUUUUGUAAAUAAAUGUUUUUCAGGAAUACAAAUGUAUGUUUAGUGCAUUUUCACAAAUUGUUGCAAAUUCAGCAGGAAAAUAGUUCUCUACCUACCAGUAAACACUGGCAAGGCAAAUUUUGUCUUUUUCUUUGUAUUUGGUGCUACAGCUCCUCCUGGUUUUGGCUAAAAAUACUUUUUCCAAAACUGUUGUGAGUAGAGUGUGUUAAAAAUGAUACUUUUUUGUUACUUCUUUUUGGGAACUAUUGUUGGAGUUUAAUAUUAUACCUCCUUUUUUUUUGGAAGUUCAUAAGGUUUUUGAAUAAUUCACCUCAGUACAUAAACUAAAAGAAGCAUUUAGCUGUGUUUCAUGUGAGAAGGUUAUAAACGUAAUACACCUGGCAUUUUUUAAGUUUUACAAAAUCCAAACAGUUUCAUUUCUGAUUACUUCUGAUGACAGUAUUUUGUCAGAUCUUCUUUCCUUGGUGGUGGCUGCUUGUUAAUGAAGAGUACAGUAACUUGACUUUUACAGCCAAAUCAGCUUGCACAAUGAAUGGGAAAAAAUUAUUUCAAUUUCAUACAGGACAAACUUUGUGCCAGUCCUGUUUAUUACUUAUUUGGCAGUUGAACAUCACUGACACUCUCAUAAUUGUUGUUUAGAUACCUUACUUCAGUACAUUGUUACUGAUAGAAUUACUUUUGUUGCAGAAAACUUGUACGAAAGUCCAUUGCUCGUGUUUUGACUGUCAUCAGCCAUUCUCAGCGUGAGAACCUGCGAAAGUUCUACAAAACCAAGAAAUUUAAACCUCUUGACCUCAGGCCCAAGAAGACCCGUGCUAUGAGGCGUGCCCUCACCAAGCAUGAAGCCUCUCUGAAGACCCUGAAACAGCAGAAGAAGCUAACACACUUCUCACUUAGGAAAUAUGCUGUGAAGGAGUAA